UGUUUUUCUCAGCAAGUUUGGAAGCCAUCUUUUAAAUUUAUUGUCCAUUUUCGUUUAGUGAGGCGUCUAUUGUCUAUUCUAAAUUAAGAGUGUUAUAGGUGUGUUAAACCCUUAAUCGAAUUUCACAUUAGUAAAAUAAUUGACCACCCUUAGGUGGUUCAAACUUGAAUUUACUGUUUUAAUUCUAUUGAACUUUGUACAAAAUGGCUACAAAUGGUUCUGGAUCACCAGCAAAGAAAAUUAAGAAAGUAGAACUAGGGAAUGGAGAGACGACUGGGGAAGAAGACCCAGAAACUCAAAAGGUCCUUGAGGAAAUUGACAAAUGCCAAAAUGAGAUUGAUGCUCUAAAUGAGAAGGCCAGUGAAGAGAUUCUUGGCAUUGAAAGAAAUUACAACAGGCUAAAGAAACCACAUUUUGAGAAGAGAAACGAUAUCAUCAAGAAGAUUCCGAACUUCUGGGUCACUACUUUUGUGAACCACCCCCAACUAAGCCCUCUGAUUGAUGAUGAAGAAGUAGAUUGUCUUCAGUAUGUCACCAAAAUCGAGGUGGAAGAUUUUGAAAACAUCAAGUUUGGGUUCAAGAUAAACUUUUAUUUCGAAGAAGGAAACCCCUACAUAGAAAAUGAUGUUCUGACAAAGGAGUUUUCAAUGGGAGCAAAUGGUGAGCACAAAUCCACAAGCACGCCGAUCAGAUGGAAGAAAGAUCAGAAUCUGUGUGAAAAGAAGAAGAAGAACACUAAAGCGAGUAACAGCCGCAAACGAGCAUUCCAGGACGAGAAGAAGUUCUUUGACUGGUUCUGUGACAAUGAAGACCCUCAAGGCGACGACAUUGCUGAUAUAAUCAAGGAUGACAUCUGGCCGAACCCGCUCCAAUAUUACCUUGUACCUGACGUGGAUGGAGAAGAGAACGGGCUGGACGACGAGGGAGACAGUGAAGGGGAUGAUGAAGACAUAGGGGAUGAAGAAGAGGUGGAGGGUGAGGAAGGGGAUGAGGGUGAGGAGGGUGAUGAAGGGGAAGAUGAGUAAGAUAUGUAGACAGUGGAAAUGAACACUAAAUAACUGUAAAUUAAAACUUCACCUAAUAUAUGUUAGUGUUACAAACCAUGUACUCAUUGUAACAAUUAUUUAGACAUACCGUACACUUUUUACGUUUUUAAUUUUUAAGAUUUUUUUUCAGAAUUUUCCAACAGAAGUGAAAGACAAUUCCAGUGGUUUUAACUAUUAUGGCUGCAUGGUUUUCAGAUCUUGAGUUCAAAAUAAUAUUUCGUAUUUUUACAAUUGUAAUGAUUCGUUCCUGCAAAAAUAAAGGAAUUAGUGGUGGCUCGUAA